UGUAGCUGCACCAACAAAUCGAAGCAGCCAACAAGGAUGGCGCCGUCGAGCAGCCACCUCCUCCUCUCCGCCGCCGCCCUGCUCUCCCUCCUCGCCGCCGCCGCCGCCAGCGCCGCGACCUACUGCGUGCCGGGGCUGGCCAUCCCGCACAACCCGCUGCCGAGCUGCCGGGCCUACGUGACCAGCCGGACCUGCGGCUUCGGGCCGCGGCUACCGCUGCCGGUGAUGCGGCGGCGGUGCUGCUGGGAGCUGGAGGAGAUCGCCGCCUACUGCCGGUGCGCGGCGCUGAGCGUCCUGAUGGACGGCGUGAUCCCGCCAGGCGGGCAGCUGGAGGGCCGCCUGCCGGACCUGCCGGGCUGCCCGCGGGAGGCGCAGAGGCGCUUCGCCGCCACCCUCGUCACGGAGGCCGAGUGCAACCUGACCACCAUCGUCGGCGCCCCCGAGUGCCCCUGGAUUCUCGGCGAGGAAACGAUGCCCUCCAAGUAA